AUGAAGUGGACCAGUAUCUGGCUUAGAGAACAAGCCACCGCCCGCGCAGCGGAAGGUCUAUCGGCACUCGCCUAUAAAGGCGUGGAUGUGGUCUCCUCCGUGGUGAUCAUGAACCGAGUGGAAUUUGCUGCGGAAACGACAUGGUCCUUCGAAGUUCGCGAUCUGGAGACUGAGGCCAUUCCCAAUGGAUACGACCUAAUUCUGUGCAGAGAUGCGCUACAGCAUUUGCCUAUUGUUUCAGCGUUGAAAAGUAUGUGA